AUGGGUCAUAUGGAACUUUCCUCAUACGAUCCAAACGAAAAUGCAUUUUAUCUGCCACACCACGCGGUGAUUCGUAACGAGAGUACUACUACGAAAUUGAGAGUGGUUUUUAACGCGUCACAAGCCACUAGCAAUGGUAUUUCAUUGAAUGAUCAACUUGCAAUUGGUGCAAAUCAUCAGAAUGAUAUUUUGUCAAUUUUAAUUCACUUUCGAAAAUUUAAAUAUGCCUUUACGGCAGACGUGGAAAAAAUGUACCGACAAAUUUUAGUUAACGAAGAUGAUCGUAAGUUUCAAAAAAUAUUGUGGCGUGAGUCACCAGAUCAGCCAAUUUCUGAAUAUCAACUAAAAACUGUCACAUAUGGCACUUCAAUAGCUCCUUUUUUGGCAACUCGCACAACAAAACAAAUGGCAUUAGACAAUAUGAACGAAUUUCCACAAGCUGCUCAAAUAAUUUUGGAAAGUAUGUACAUGGAUGAUGUGGCAGAUGGAGCGCCAUCCAUAAACGAGAUUAAUAAAAUUUAUGAUCAUCUCAGAUCAGUUUUUUCAAACGCCGGCUUCAAUUUACGUAAAUGGAGCACUAAUUGCAAAGAAUUAAUGGAAAAAAUUCCAGAAUCAGACAUAGAGAAAAAAUCACUCACUGAAACAGUUAAAGCAUUGGGCAUAUUAUGGUCUCCUUCAACCGACGUUUUCUCAUACAAUUUGAAAGUUAAAAUUCACGAUAAGCCAUUCACUAAACGUCAAAUUAUUGCAGAAAUGGCUUCAUUAUUCGAUCCAUUCGGAUGGAUAUGUCCAAUUGUUAUCUCUGCAAAAAUUUUAAUUCAAGAAAUGUGGAAGCAAAAAUUAGAUUGGGACCAAGUAGUCUCAGAUGAGAUUUCUUCGAAAUGGCUCAAAACAAAAAAUGAAUUGCAUCUCAUAAGUCAAAUUCAAUUGCCCAGAUGGAUUAAUUACGAUCCAGAAGAUAAAAUUGAACUUCAUGGCUUUGCAGACGCAUCCAAAGUCGCCUUUGCAUCCGUCAUAUAUAUUAAAAAUGUUUCAAAAAACACUGUUCAAUUACUAAUUGCCAAAAGUAGAGUAGCUCCAUUAAAAGGCACUAAAGAUCAAUUAACCAUUCCAAGGUUAGAGCUUUGCGCAGCCAAUUUACUCGCCAAAUUAACACACAAAGUGAUGAAAUCAUUGAAAAUUCAAUUCAGUGGAAUAUUUUUAUGGUCCGAUUCUCAAAUAGUUAUUGAUUGGUUGCAUGGAAAUCCAAAACGUUAUAAAAAAUUCAUUGCAAAUCGUAUUUGUCUCAUUGAUAAGCUUGUUG